CACAAGUGGGAUGUGUUGUUGCAAUUGAUCUCACUUCUGCUGUCAGGGAUGCUGUCUCAAAAGCCUCGGUCGGCGAUCGUGGGAGUUACACACAUGGUUACAUGCCACCCCUCCUGCAGCUAACCAGCUACUGGCGACGGGGACUCUUGUGUCUCGUCAGCUGCCCAGAAUGAUGGGCUGAUCCGCUGGCUGUUUAAAUAUCCAUCUGCGGGGAAAUUUCACGAGAUUUCUUCCCCUGCUGCAUGCAGCUCCCCAAUCCACAUCACCAGACUUUGUUACUGUUUACAGUGUUUACAGUGUAUGCAGUCAGCUAUCAAUCCUUAAUUCACGGCAAAGGCCUGUCAUCUAUUCAGCUAUCUUUCUGAACACACUUGGAGAAUUCUGCUUGCGCAUCUGUCACUUCCAAUAUGUCUAUCCCUCCCAACAACCCGCGUGAAUUUGCCUCGCAGGUGUUUGACUACUUGAUUAUCGGCGGAGGGACCGCCGGCCUGGUGGUGGCAUCGCGUCUGAGUGAAAAACCCCACCUCAAGAUCGCAGUCAUCGAAGCAGGCCCGGCGGUCUUUGACGAGCCUUUAAUCAAUGAACCUGAGCUCUUCGGCGAGGCUAUAGGGACCAAGUACGAUUGGCAGUUCGAAACAGAACCACAACCUGGACUCGCUGGCCAAAGAGUACCGUGGCCGCGAGGUAAAGUCUUGGGUGGUUCCAGCGCUCUUAAUUUCCUGGUCUGGAACCGUGGGCACAAGGAGGACUAUGAUGCCUGGGUAGCAAUGGGAAAUCAAGGCUGGGGAUGGGAUGAUCUACUGCCUUCCUUUAAGAAAAGCGAAACCUUCCAUGAACCAAGCCUUUCAGAACAGGAGAAGAACUAUUCAUACUUCGAGGCGUCAUCGCAUGGCAUUGAGGGACCUGUGAAAACAUCCCAUAUUCAGCGAUUUGCGCCGUCACUAAAAUACUGGCAUCAAACGCUGGAAAAUCUCGGCGUUGAAGUGAAUCGCCAGAGCUACUCCGGCGCAAACGCAGGUGCCUGGAACUUGAUUAGCGCAUUCGAUCCUGCUGCGUACACCAGGAGCUUUUCUGCGAAUCGAUACUAUCUACCAGUGUCGCAGCGUCCGAAUCUGUUCCUUCUAACAGAGGCGACAGUGGAGCAAAUCACGCUCGAGAAGCACGGCGAAGAGUGGAUUGCGAAGGGUGCCCUGGUAAGAUAUGGUGAAGAGAAAUUCAUAGUGAAAGCUUCCAAGGAAGUUAUACUAUCGGCUGGAAGCAUACAGUCGCCUCAACUUUUGGAACUGUCCGGGAUUGGGAAUCCCGAGAUCCUUACAGCGGCAGGCAUCCCGGUGAAAGUGGCUAAUCCGAACGUAGGAGAGAAUCUUCAGGAUCAUUUGCUAACUACUUUCGUAUAUGAGAUGCGAACGCCCUCCAACAGCCCAGACGUGAACUUACUUCCGCCGCAAAAGGUCGAGGAGACCAGCGAUGGUCCCAAAGUAGAAGAACCUUCCAGAGCUUUCCUGCCAGGCCCAGCUGCAUACUGUCCUCUAUUUAGGAUGCUUACGAAUGAGGAGCUUGAAGACAUUACGACUCGCAUAUGCCCUGAAAUACUGAAAUCCACAAAAGCCCGUGAGACGAGGCUGCGCGAUGCAUUUCUAUCAGGCAAGAUGUUAGGAGCCAUCGAGUAUAUAUGGUAUGGCGAGACUAUUUGGAACAAAGCCUUCAAAGGUGAACCGGGCAAGAAGUACGCCACGAUCGUCCAGAUGCUGCAGUAUCCUUUCUCAAGGGGCUCCGUGCAUAUCCCUCCAAUGAGGGAUUCUAGACCGAUUACAGUAGACGAGAAGCCAAUUAUUGACCCGCAGUAUUGUGUUGGUGAUGGUAAGAUUGAUCUUGACGUGAUGAAGGUGGGCCAAAUGUUCGCAGACAAGAUAUGCGCUACCGAGCCGCUUUCCCACGUUAUUGCUGGGCGGGUGUUCCCUGCAAAAGCGGAUAAUGAUGAUGAUGAUGCGGAUGUGAUUGAUGAUUAUCUUCGGAAUAACAUCGGCACCGAGUUUCACCCCAUUGGAACAUGUGCAAUGGGCGGAUUCGAAGGCGCAAAAGCCGGUGUUGUGGAUGAUAAAUUGCGUGUUUAUGGCGUUAGGGGUUUGCGUGUUGUGGAUGCGAGUAUCAUGCCGCUGCAUAUCAGCGCCCACACCCAGGCGACUGUUUAUGCGAUAGCUGAGAAGGCUGCCAGUAUGGUUUUGGAGGAUGAGCGAUCGGAAUAG